AGAACACAGAUGGUAAAUAUAUUUCCCCGUUUCAUGACAUUCCACUGUUUGCUGGAUUUAAAGAGGAUAAAGAGAUUCCUGCAAAGCGGUCAAAAACUACUGGAACUGAGGUCCUGUUUAAUAUGAUUGUAGAAGUGCCUCGUUGGACAAAUGCAAAAAUGGAGAUUGCCACUGAGGAGCCCUUGAAUCCCAUUAAACAAGAUAUAAAGAAAGGCAAGCUUCGAUAUGUGCCAAAUAUCUUUCCUCACAAGGGUUAUAUAUGGAAUUAUGGUGCCCUCCCACAGACGUGGGAAGAUCCAAACCAUACAGACGACAUUACAGGAUGUUGUGGGGAUAAUGAUCCUAUUGAUGUUUGUGAAAUAGGUUCAAAGAUUCGUUCUUCUGGCGAGAUUGUUCAGGUGAAGGUCUUGGGUGUUUUAGCUCUUAUUGAUGAAGGAGAGACAGAUUGGAAGAUAAUCGCUAUCAGUGCGGAUGAUCCAGAAGCUCAGAAAAUCCAUGAUAUUGAUGAUGUCAAGAAGCACAAACCAGGUUAUCUUGAGGCUACGGUUGACUGGUUCCGAUUAUAUAAAGUCCCUGAUGGUAAACCUGAAAAUCAGUUUGCUUUUAAUGGAGAGUUUAAAGACAAGGAUUUUGCUGUUGAAAUUAUUAAAUCUACCCAUGAAUACUGGAAAGCUUUGCUGCAUAAAAAAGCUGAUGGAGGCACUAUUAAGUGCACAAAUGUGCUGGUGACUGGCAGCCCAUUUUGUUGCAGUGAGGAGGAUGCUCGAUCAAUUGUGCAGUCGGCACCAGUGCCUGUGCACGGAGACUCCGUUUCCCCAGAAGUUGAUUCCUGGCACUUUUUUCCCAAGUGAUCAUCAAAGUGUUCUGAAGCUGCAUCACCGAAUUUUAAAGUUGUCCCUUUUUUGAAGAGAAGCAAAUGCAGUAAUCAUUGGGUUCCUGUUGAGAAAACUUUUCAACUUGUGUAAACCUUCUCUCAUGUAAAUAAACACUGACAUUAU